AAAAAUGUUAAUACCUUAAAUAGAUUGAUUGAGCUAUUGCAUUAUUAUUGCAUUAUUUUGUUAAACCCAAAUAUUUGUUUUGAAAGUGUACACUGUAAAAACCCUGGUUGCCUUUAAUAUUUAAGCUGAAUCAAAUUAACAUUAUGAAUUCAUUUAACUAAUAUUAUGUUGAACUGACUUAAAACAGCUUGCAAACCUUAUAAAAUUAAGUUAGAACAUGAUUAACUUAGUUUAAUAAGUUACAAUGAACUAAAAACCUAUGCUGUCAUGACUGAUCUUAUAAUUUUUUACAGUGUUGUAAAUGAAGGUGUCUUGACUCUUUUAACAUAUUCUUAAGUGAACGAAUGUUUGCGCAUUGGCAAGUAUGGGUCACCAGGUCAUAUCUUUCUCUGUAAUACUUUAGGAUUUAUAUAUAAAUCCUCAAAGGUUUACUGCAAAUAAGUGAUACUCUAUUGGACCAAUGAAAAAAUUGCCAUUAGAAAAAAAAUGGACUCUUUAAUAUUCAUAUUGUUUAACCUGGCAUGUCUUCCUCACCAUUUUUACCUUUUUAGCAUCUGGCAUCAACUGCUUUGGUCUGUUUUGUGUGAGGCAGAUGGUUACAUUUACCAACAUCUGGCAGGCUUUACGUUAUGAUUUCAUGAGGUGAAUCCCGUUUUUGCUUUGCUACAAUCAAUAUUGCCUUGGGAAUUGAUCGAACACAUAAACACAAAAUUAUAAAUAUACAGAAGAGAGAUGUUUUUUUGAAAAGUACCAUGGAAUAAAAUGUGGUCAUUUAUUCUCAGUUAUUUGCAUAGACCAACGACAGAGAACAUUUAUAACAGGGAGAUUUAACGGUUGAUUAACAAGUGCUGGUCAGCGCACGGUCACUGUCAUGGACUGAUCAAAGGGACAUUCCUCCUGCUCUUUGUGAACACACUACCUUACAUGGAAGUUUGUGGCAUACCGGACAAAUUCAAAGUCAUUGUAAAAAAGAUCUUUUGUAAAUAAAUAAAUAAAUAACACAUUUUAGAGUCUGGUCAUGAUCAAAUUGUCAUAAUAUUGUAUGUGUAGGUGUAUUUUAAACAUUUGAGAUAACGGUCAUCCAUUGACAAUGAGGUGAAAGAUACAGAUCUAGAGGUUUGAAGAUUUUUAAGGUACAAAAUGUCACAUACAUCAUGAAUUUAUGUAUACAUAUAAUAUAUGGGACAUAUAGGUAAAUGCAAUGUAUAGCAAAAAAAUAUAUACUAAUACAAGAAAUAUAAAUACAAUAUAUUUUUUAAAAGAAAAGAAAAAAUGCAAGUAAUUGCAAAUAUGCCGUGUAGUAUGUGUGUGGUUGUGUGUGUAUAUUCUAUUGUGCAGACUUAAGGUUAUUAAUGCUCUUUGAACUGACACCCAAACCCUACACCCUAAAAUUGUGCCAUCAUUUACUCAUCCUUGACUUGCUCUAAACAAGUUAGACCUUUUAAAACACACAAAAAAACUAUAUUUUGAAAAAAGUUGCAAAACCCUGACUUCCAUAGUUGCAUACUAGUAAAAUAAAAAGGUAUUCAACUCUCAAAAAUAUCUACUUUUGUGUUCAACAGAACAAUGAAACACAAACGGAUUUGGAACAACUCUAGAGUAAUCAAAUGAUGCAGAUUUUUUCAGUUUUGGGCGGAAACUUUCCCUUUAACCUUCCUGUCAUGUUCGGGUCAAAUCUGACCAAUUUACAGCCUAAAUCUCUUAAAUACAACUCUUAAAUAUUGUGUUUUACAUUUGAUUGCCUAAGAGCCUUAUGAUAUCUUCCACACUCUGUAUUUAAAGUGAUAAGCACUUCUUUCAUUAAGUGUUUUAGUCAACCUUGUUACACCUGUGGUGUUCCUGGUCAAAAGUGUCCGCUAAAAGGAAAUGAAUGCGUAUCCAGACUAUAUUGACUUAUCAAACAGAAAAAAAUAUACUGUACAAUACCUUAACUCACUCACUAUUUGUAUAUUCACCGCAGUUAUGUUAUGCCUAAUUCUAUAAAUAUAUGUUAAACACUAAUUUGAGACAUUUUUGAGACAUACUUUGACUUCACAGCUGAAGAAUUUUGAAUAGAAAUGUGGUUUUGAAAAAUGUUUUUGUGCUAAUUUAAGAGCAGGUUAUAAUGAACCGGUCAAUUUUAAACAGGAACACUAAAGUAAGGGCCAGGAGGUAAACACGUCAAAAGGGUUAACUGAUUAAUAAAUACUUUUAUAUUAUUAAUAACUGCUCACUGUUUGUAUAAGUUAACUAAUGCAUUUUAUAACUUUAUAAAUUUAAUCUACACAAAAUAUUUAAAACAACUGUGUAAUUACUGCUUAAAUAAGUGUCCCAUGUAAAGGGUAUUUUGGGUUGAUCUGCAUUCCCAGGCUAUGGGACUAUUAAAUCGUAUUGCUUGGCUGGAAUAGUAGCAAAAGAUGCACUAAAAUAAUCAAUAAUCCAGUUGCUUAUUUGGCCAUUCCUUCUAAGACAAGCAUUCCUCGUUCGCUCAUGCAGGUGAACAGCAGAGUGUUUGUUUUACCGGUGCCUCCUCCUCCUCCUGCUGCUCCUGCUCCUCCGUCAUGCCUCUUUGCCCCCAUCCCCCUCCCAUUGGCUGCCAGCCGUCUAAACAGCUCCAGCUGCAAUCACCGCCGCCGCUGCUGCUGCAACGAGCUGCCGGCUAUUUGAUCACCCCCAUCCCGCACAGCCUCUGCCUCCACUGGUCUGCAAACGCACGGACCUCUGCCAAUACAUCCAUUAUGACGGGCGUCGCUGCUGCCUCCUUUUUCUCUAACGUUUGCCGGUUUGGCGGUUGCGGGCUGCACUUCGAGUCCCUCGGCGAGCUCAUCGUUCACAUCGAAGAUAACCACAUCGAUACAGACCCUAGAGUUCUGGAGCGGCAGGAGCUGCAGCAGCCCACAUACGUCGCACUGAGCUACAUCAAUCGAUUCAUGACUGAAGCAGCUCGCAGAGAGCAGGAAACGCAGAAGAAGAAGGUCCAACCCAAAAUUGCUAUAUCAGUCACCGGCGGUGUAUCGCGUAAUAGUACAGCUACACCUCCACGCCACAGCAACGGCAGCCUAACUCCACCUGUCACGCCUCCCAUCACACCCUCAUCAUCCUUCCGCAGCAGCACACCUACAGGCAGCGAGUGUGAUGAGGAGGAGGUGGAGUACGAAGACUCUGACAGUGACGAGUCCUGGACCACAGAAAGUGCCAUCAGCUCAGAGUCCAUCCUCAGCUCCAUGUGCAUGAAUGGAGGCGACGAGAAACCCUUCGCAUGCCCUGUUCCAGGAUGUAAGAAGAGAUACAAGAAUGUGAACGGUAUUAAGUACCAUGCUAAAAACGGCCACAGGACGCAGAUCCGUGUGAGAAAGCCCUUCAAGUGUCGCUGUGGGAAAAGCUAUAAAACCUCUCAAGGCCUUAGACAUCACACCAUCAACUUUCACCCACCCCUGUGAUAAACCUACACACACACACAAAGUUAUUUUCACGUUUACCUGAUCAUCCUUACAUUUACAUUUCAGGAUCACGUGUAAACUGGGAUCAAAUGCUGAUUUUCCUUGAUGUGUGUGCUUUUAUAUAUGUCGGUAUACUUGUACAUUUGCACAUUUCAUGUAUAUCAUUUCUUUUUAAUAUAUCCUUUAUUUUAUUUUAUUUUAUUUUAUUUUAAAGUGACACAGUCACUGAUAAAUGAAAAUUACUGUGCUGAAGAUAAGGACAUGUCAUAAGCAUUCGUUUCUGAUUUUAAAGACAAAAGGAUUUAAAAUCAGAGGAGAGAUUCUCUUUGCUCGCAGAUCUACGUCAAGUGAAAACUACACUGCAAAAAAGUUUUUCUUACUUAGAUUUUUUGUUUUGUUCCUCGUCCAAAUAAUUGAAAAUUAUUGAAUCAAGAAGAAUAUUCUGGACAAGUAAAACAUAAUGUCUUGUUUUAAGAAAUAAUAUGCCAAAAUGAAGUGCUUUUUCCCUGAAAGAAGCAAAACAAUCUGCCAAUGGGGUUGUAAAAAUAAUCUUAUGUCAAAAGGAAAAACAAGAUCAUUUUGCUUACCCCAUUGGCAGAUUAUUUUGCUUGUUUUAAGCAAAACUGACUCAAUAUUGGCAUAUUAUUUCUGAAAACAGGAAAUUAUGUCCCAAUGCCAAUUAUAUUAUUGUACCCCUACCCCAUCCCCUUCAUUUACCCCUAUGAAAUGGGACAGCACUGCAGCACCUGCACACGUCAUCAUACAUCAUCGUGAUCUCUUGUUUCAUUUGAGAUCAGACGAUUGUGACUGCUGUAGUUAUUAGUUGUUUUUUUUUUGUAUUUAUCUUCAGGAAAUGACUGAAGGCAUAUAUUAUGUUAUCAUAACGAUCUAAUGUGACAAUAAGAUCAUAAUACUGUGCAUUUACACAGUGGCCAUAUUCAUGUAUGUAAACACAAAAAAACAACAUUAACAUUAUAGUAGACACUCUAAAAAGCUCAUUCUCAGCCACUAGACUUUUCUGACAGGUUAUUAGUGUCAUCAAGUGACAGAGUACUAUUAUACUAUACAGACUGCUAUCCAAGAGUUAUUAUUCUAGAUAAUAGUUAUUAUUCUAGAUAGCAAAAUUUAGCAUUUUUUAUUUUAGCGUUUUUUUAAAGGCAUGACGGUAAAACAAACUUGGUUAUGAAUAUAUUAAAACGUGCUUGUUUGUUGUAAAAAUUCGUAAUAAUGACAAAAAAAAACAAACACUAAUUUGUGGAUCUCCUUACUUCCGGGUGCAGCUAUGCAGCCGUUGUAGCUGGUGUAGUCUGGGAAAAUUUCUUAGCCAUUGGUUUCGAGUGUGAUCCUGAAAAAUCUCAGUUUGAAUGACUAUCUACACCUUCCCAUUAUCCCUAAGCCUUCAAGCUAAAGAGAAUAGGGACACCCUACCCCUUCACUGGAACGAGUGAAACAAAGGGUAAGUUGAAGGGCUAACGGGUAGAAUAGGGAUUGAGCCUAUGUUUUGCUUGUCUAGAAAAUGCUUCUUGAAAUAAGAAUUUUUAGAUAUUUGGACUAGAACCAAGACAGGAUGUAAGUAAAAAAAAGCAUUUUUUGCAGUGUACAGUAGAUAAACAUGUACAUAUACAAAUUAUAUGAAGACACAUUUAUAAAUAUAUAUAUAUAUAUAUAUUAUUAGCUAAGUUUAUUAUCCAAACAUUUUAUUUUCCAUUAUAUAUUUUGCAGAACAUUUAAAUUAUGUUUUAUACGAGAACUUUAUCUCAUCUUUAAGGACCAUUUCUCUUUUUGUUUUUUAUUUGCUUUGUAAAGAAUCAGUCUUUUAUUGUCUGAAUUGAGAAGACAUUGAUCUCAGGUCACAAUUCAGCUGCCAACUUUCAGACAAACCAGGAAACAGGAAAAACACACUUCCACUAACUUCGCUCCAGAACAUUCCACAUGCGUAAAUCAGAUUGGCUGACAUUAUGCAGCGUAAACUCACCUUUCCGCAUUUUGUUUUGCAUGCGGCUGGCAUGCUGGCAGCACCUGUGAAAAAGCGGAAUUCUCUGCAUGUGGCAUUUUCCAGACGACUGAAAGUGGUUUUGUGACGUGGACAUGGUUUUUGUCUCAUGCGUCUAGUUGUAUCGGAGUAACACUACACAAUGAUCUCUGAAUAGAACCAAUUUUUGUUGAAGCAUUCAAACUAUGUCAGCCUAAAGAGAGACAGAGAAGGUCAGAUUCACUCUGUCCUGUUUCCCUGCUGUUAUGCCAGCAGUGCAGAAGUGCCAAGAUAUUCGUCCCCAACAAAGAAACAUGGAUGAUCUGCCAAACACACAACGGGUCACAUCUGGCUAUCCGUUUAGUGCCUGUUAACGGAGGAGCCUUAAAGAGGACCUAAACUUCUGUUUGUGUACUCAGCCUUGCAGUAUUUUGUUGUGCGUUUUUGCUCAUAAGAUCCUUAAUUCAGUCAUCGCUGUUGUUUAUUUUUUAUUUUCGACACAUUUGGGACACGUUUGUCCUUGUGGCUGUGUUUGUGUAAACGUAUUUGUUAGCCCUCUGCUUGCCUUGUAUUGUAGGCUACAGCUUGCUAGCAUGACACGACUGCUUAGCUGCUCUGCUGUCUUUUGGCUUGUAGUCUUACCGUUACAAUCUUUGUUGUCAGAAGUAUUCAAUCUUAUUUUAUGAUGUUACCCCUAGUAUUAUAGUGCCAAAUGCAUACCUACAUCUGAAUAUAUUUUCUCAACUUUAAUUCUCUGUCCAGUCGUCAGCCAAAAAAAAAACAUCUCUGCUGAAAAAUCCUGCUUAAACCAACUUAGGAUGGUUGGCUGGUUUUAGCUGGUCGACCAGCCUAGUUUUAGAGGGGUUUUGGCCUUUUCCAGGAUGGUUUUCAGCCAUUUCCAGCCUGGUCUUAGCUGGGAGAUGACCAGCUAAGACCAGCUUGACCAGCCAAAACCAGCUAUGUUCAUCUUUAACCAGGCUGUGAGGUUGGUUUUAGCUGCUAAGCUAAGACCAGGCUGGAAAUAGCUGGAAACCAGCAUGGAAUUAGCCUAAACCCCUCUAAAACCAGGGUGGUCCUCCUGCUAAAACCAGCCAACCAGCUUUUGCUGGUUUAAGCUGGAUUUUUUAGCAGGGAUACCAUGGUUUACAUGAGUAAAAUGUCUUUAGCAACUGCUAAGAGCUUAAACUUUUGGUGCAGAGAAGGACCAAGUAAGCUUUCCUAUCCAUUAGUCUGUUUUUCUUGGUUAGGGUUGGUCAAAUGAAACAACAUGGACCAAAAAUGGCACUGCCAGAUCUCCAGAUUUGAAGCAUGGAAUAAAGGUGCUGUACAUGGUAAAGUGAUAGUGUCAGAUUAUGUUACCAUGGUACAUGUUCUAAACCAUGGUAAUACUAAUUUGUGGUGCUAAGACGGUACACAGUAAUUAGCGAUAUGGACAAAGUUUUAAUAUUGUCCUCAUAUUUAGGCCAGAAUCUGUAUUUAAACACUAAUGUUGUGGACCGUCACUAUGAUUUCUUAGUGAGAAAAGAAGCUGAAGGUUUUUUUUUUUUUUUUUUUGGUGUGUUACUCACCAUCAUGUCCUCUUCAGAACACAAAUGAAGGUAUUUCAGCUAAAUCUGAUUUCUUUCCCUGAAGUCUGUUCGAUGAAUUAACUUUAAAUAAUAUUAUGAAAAGGCGGUUCAUUCCGCUGUGAUGACCCCAGGUUAAUACAGAAACUAAGCCUAAAAGAAAAUGACUGCAUGAAUGAAUAUUAUGAAUCAACCGGUUGGUCAUUUUACUGUACGAUGAACAGAUUUCACAUAGCAGAUUUGUUUCGAAACAUCUUUAUCUGUGUUCCAAAGAUAAACGGUGAACUAACCCUUUAAAGAUGAAUGAAUAGUAACUGUUAUGUAGAUGCCAAAUACUGGAGUUAGGGAAUGAAGUAUUGGAUGCCUAUCCGCGAGUGACUCAUUGUAGAUGACUCACUGUCCUGUUUUUUUUCCAAUUCCUCUGGUGUCAUGUCAGUUUGUAUGUAUGUGUGUAUUUUUGGACGCAGUACCAGUAACCACAUUUGUACCUCUUUUUGGCAAUGGAGUCAUUUGGUCUCAGCUUUGACGCAAAGUAGAACCCGUUAAACAUGAUUUGGUUGGAUAGGAUUGGUGGGAUUCCUCACACCUACAAUGUAGUAAUGUGACUGAGAUGCAUUUAUUUUGGAGGGAGUUUGAUAUACUAUAUAGUGAAUGUAUCGUAUUGCAAGUUUUGUAAAGUGCUUUUGAAAUUAUAUUUUCGUACUGUAUGUUUUUUUUUUGUGGAAAAUGUUUUGUGGAACCGAAGCAAUUUGUAUGUGAGACAAUGUAAAAUGUGUGCGUGUUUGUGUGAGAGAAUGGGAGACUUUUGAGACAUCUUUAUCCUCAAGUGUAACAUUUAGGACAAUGGUACAAAAAUAAAGAAAAUCAAACAAG